AAAUCAUUUUAGUUAAUGAUAUUAAUAAUAUAUACCAUUAAUAUAAGAGACACAAUUUAAAAUGCUCAGUUGUAUUUGAAAGUUCAAUUGAGUCAAAUAUGAGGAAAGUGUAUAUCUUAUAUCUUUUAAUUUUUGCUUUUGUUGUGAAAAAUGAUUCAGCUCGGAUAUUGGGCUAUUUUCCAACUCCUUCUAUCAGUCAUCAGGUAGUAUUUCAACCGCUGAUGUCGGAACUGGCUAAACGAGGUCAUGAUGUUACUGUAAUUACAACCGAUCCAAUCUCUCCUAAGAGGAAAGCUCACGCCAACUUGACAGAAGUUGAUAUGCACGAUUUAUCAUACACUAUAUGGAGAAAAGAAGUGCUCAACAGCGGAACAACCACUGGAAAGAAAAGUGAUAUUCUUAACCAAAUAAGAAUUUUAUACAAUUUACUUACUGAUAUAUCUGAGCAACAAAUUAAUUCAGAUCAGGUUCAAAGGAUAAUUCAAAACAAGGAAGACAAAUUUGAUUUGAUAUUUAUAGAAUCAUUAUGGAGACCUGGAUUGGGACUGUCUUAUAUUUAUAAAGCUCCAGUGAUACUUAUAAGUUCCUUUUUAUCGAUAUAUAAUAAUAUGGAAUCAGUGGGCGGUCCAGUACAUCCUAUUCUUUAUCCAACAUCUUGCCGUCAAAAACUCAACAAUCUUACAAUUUGGGACAAAAUAAUAGAACUUUACAAUCACUACUCAUUUAUAUAUAUGUUUGACACUGCCGAAAAAAAACAAAAUGAAAUGAUGAAAAGAGUAUUUGGUUCUGACGUUCCACCUCUUAGUGAAUUGUAUAAUAAUAUAGACAUGUUAUUUCUAAAUGCUCAUCCAAUUUGGGAUUCAAACCGUCCUGUUCCACCAAACGUUAUCUAUUUGGGAGGAUUACAUCGCAAACCAGAGAAAAAACUACCGAUGGAACUUAAAUCUUACUUGGACGCUUGUAGGCACGGUGUGAUAUAUAUAAGUUAUGGUACAAAUGUAAGUCCAUCACAGCUACCACCGGAGAAAAUACAAAUGAUUGUGAAUGUAUUCUCUCGUCUUCCAUAUGACGUAAUAUGGAAGUGGGAUAAGGAUGAAUUACCGGGACGUUCAAAGAAUAUCAAAAUAUCAAAAUGGCUUCCACAGUCUGACCUUCUCAGGCACCCAAAAGUAUUGCUGUUUAUAACACAAGGAGGCUUGCAGUCAACUGAUGAAGCUAUAGCUGCUGGAAUUCCGUUAAUUGGUAUGCCGAUGCUUGGGGACCAGUGGUACAAUGUGGAACAGUAUGUCAGACAUGGAAUAGGAGUGAGGCUGGACAUGGAGGACCUCACUGAGGAGAAAUUAUAUAAUGCUAUCAAUACUACAAUAAAUGAUAAAAGCUACCGCCAGAACGUUGAGAGACUUCGCAUGGUGAUGUCGGACCAACCACAGAGCGCGCUCGAGCGCGCCGUGUGGUGGACAGAGUACGUGCUGCGUCACAAGGGAGCGAAGCAUCUGCGCUCGCCCGCCGCCAACAUGUCCUGGGGUGAAUUCCUGGAAAUUGAACUAGUUACAUAUUUAAUAUUAGGAUUAAUUUCUUUGAUAAUUGUCAGUGUGAUUUCUGUUUAUUACACAGCGUUAUUUAUAAAAUAUUACUACAAUUAUAAUAAAAAAAUAAAACAGAGAUACAAUUUAAAAUGUUCAUUUGCUUUUGUGGAUUCUAAUGAAUCAAAUAUGGUGAAUAUGUACUCCCAAUAUUAUCUUCUGAUAAUUUGUUUAAUUGUGAAAAAUGACGCAGCAAGGAUAUUGGGCUACUUUCCAACGCCUUCUAUCAGUCAUCAGGUAGUAUUUCAACCGCUGAUGUUAGAACUGGCUAAACGAGGUCAUGAUGUUAUUGUAAUUACAACUGAUCCAAUCUUGCCAAAAGGGAAGGCUCACGCAAAUCUGACUGAAAUAGAUUUGCAGGAUUUAUCAUAUACUUUAUGGAGAGAAACAGUAUACGACAGCAAAGUGACGUCAGGAAAUAAAAGUAAUAUUGUUAACCAAUUUAAAGUUUUAUAUAAUUUAAUUACAGUCAUAUCUGAAAAACAACUGAAAACAGACCAGGUUCAAAGCCUAAUUCAAGGCAAGAAAGACAAAGUCGAUUUGAUAUUUAUAGAAUCAUUUUGGAGACCUGGAUUGGGAUUUUCUUAUAUUUAUAAUGCCCCAGUAAUACUUAUAAGUUCUUUAUUACCAGUAUAUAAUAAUAUGGAAGCUAUAGGAAGUCCGGUACAUCCUAUUCUUUAUCCAACAGUUUUCCGGCAGAAACUUAAUAAUCUUACAAUUUGGGACAAAAUAUUAGAGCUGUACAAUCAUUAUUCUUUUAUAAAUAUGUUUGACGCCGCUGAAGUGAGACAGAAUGAAAUGAUGAAGAGAGUAUUUGGUCCUAAUAUUCCACCUCUUAGUGAACUGUAUAAUAAUAUAGACAUGUUAUUUCUAAAUGCUCAUCCAAUUUGGGAUUCGAAUCGUCCUGUUCCACCAAAUGUUAUCUAUUUAGGAGGAUUACAUCACAAACCCAUAAAGGAACUGCCACAGGAACUUAAAUCUUACUUGGAUGCUUCUAAGCAUGGUGUGAUAUAUAUAAGUUAUGGUACAAAUGUAAGUCCAUCACAUCUACCACCGGAGAAAAUACAAAUGAUUGUAAAUGUAUUCUCUCGUCUUCCAUAUGACGUAAUAUGGAAGUGGGAUAAGGAUGAAUUACCGGGACGUUCAAAAAAUAUCAAAAUAUCGAAAUGGCUUCCACAGUCCGACCUUCUUAGGCACCCAAACGUGUUACUGUUUAUAACACAAGGAGGUUUACAGUCCACUGAUGAAGCCAUAGCCGCUGGAGUUCCGUUAAUUGGUAUGCCGAUGCUUGGGGACCAGUGGUAUAAUGUGGAACAAUAUGUUCGACAUCGGAUAGGAGUGAGACUGGACAUGGAUGACCUCACUGAGGAGAAAUUACAUAAUGCCAUCAAUACUACAAUAAAUGAUAAAAAAUACCGCCAAAACAUGGUGAGACUUCGCACGGUGAUGUCGGACCAGCCACAGAGCGCGCUCGAGCGCGCCGUGUGGUGGACAGAGUACGUGCUGCGUCACAAGGGAGCGAAGCACCUACGCUCGCCCGCCGCAAACAUGUCCUGGGGUGAAUUCCUGGAAAUUGAACUAGUUACAUACUUAUUAUUAGGAUUAACAUUUGUGACAUUUUUCAGUGUGAUUGCUAUUUAUUACAUAGUGUUGUUUAUAAAACAUAACUAUAAUGCUAAUAAGAAAAUGAAAAGUAGUUAAUAAAAUAAAGUACUAAACUG